AACUUGCGCUAUCCCAGAAGUGCUCCAAACAGCUCCUGCAGAAACUGUGGCUGCAUGGCAGAAGAACUGGAUGCUUGAAGAUUUCACAGCACACGGGACAGGAGAGGUCCUCUUCUGGAAGAUUUGCAGACAUGUCCUCAAACAGGCAGCGCAUCCUAUCGGGUGUCUCCACGAGCUCAAUGUCCUCCUUCUCUCCUCCGGCCUUGGUUACCAUGGUGAUGACGUCAUCUUGCACCACACGUUCAGCCCAGUAGCGGCGUUUAGAGGCGGGCGUUAAUCUCCGACCGAUGGUAACGAGAAGGGGGGAAAAAACAGCCCCAGUCCGUCAGUGCAGAAGAAGACGAGCCCUCGGUUCUCCAUCCCCCGCCAUUGUCCUCCCCGCUACAUCAUGCGCGAGAUUGUGCACCUGCAAGCCGGCCAGUGCGGCAAUCAGAUCGGAGCCAAGUUCUGGGAGGUGAUCAGUGAUGAGCAUGGCAUCGAUCCAACCGGAACAUAUCAUGGAGACAGCGACCUGCAGUUAGACAGGAUCAGUGUUUACUACAAUGAGGCUACAGGUGGGAAGUAUGUUCCCCGUGCCAUCUUGGUGGAUCUGGAGCCCGGCACAAUGGACUCAGUUCGCUCUGGACCCUUUGGACAGAUAUUUAGACCUGAUAACUUUGUGUUUGGUCAGAGUGGUGCUGGAAACAACUGGGCCAAAGGUCACUACACAGAAGGAGCAGAGCUGGUGGACUCCGUACUAGAUGUUGUUCGCAAGGAAGCCGAAAGCUGUGACUGCCUGCAGGGCUUCCAGCUCACGCACUCCCUGGGUGGAGGCACUGGAUCCGGCAUGGGCACCCUCCUCAUCAGCAAGAUCCGUGAAGAGUACCCCGACCGUAUCAUGAACACAUUCAGCGUGGUCCCCUCACCCAAGGUGUCUGAUACCGUGGUGGAGCCCUACAACGCCACCCUGUCUGUCCACCAGCUAGUGGAGAACACUGACGAAACCUACUGCAUCGACAACGAGGCUCUCUACGAUAUCUGCUUCCGCACACUCAAACUCACCACACCGACUUACGGCGACCUCAACCAUCUUGUCUCGGCCACGAUGAGUGGCGUGACCACUUGCCUCCGCUUCCCCGGCCAACUCAACGCUGACCUCCGCAAACUGGCUGUCAACAUGGUGCCCUUCCCCCGUCUGCACUUCUUCAUGCCAGGCUUCGCUCCACUCACCAGCAGAGGCAGUCAGCAGUACCGCUCCCUCUCCGUGCCUGAACUCACACAGCAGAUGUUUGACGCCAAGAACAUGAUGGCCGCCUGCGACCCGCGUCAUGGCCGCUACCUGACUGUGGCCGCUGUGUUCCGUGGACGCAUGUCCAUGAAGGAGGUGGACGAGCAGAUGCUCAACGUCCAGAACAAAAACAGUAGCUACUUCGUUGAGUGGAUCCCCAACAAUGUCAAGACCGCCGUUUGUGACAUUCCACCCCGUGGGCUAAAAAUGGCCGCCACCUUCAUCGGCAACAGCACGGCCAUCCAGGAGCUCUUCAAACGCAUCUCCGAGCAGUUCACCGCUAUGUUCCGUCGUAAAGCUUUCCUGCACUGGUACACUGGAGAAGGUAUGGAUGAGAUGGAGUUCACCGAAGCCGAGAGCAACAUGAACGACCUGGUGUCCGAGUAUCAGCAGUACCAGGACGCCACUGCCGAAGAGGGCGAGUUUGAAGAGGAGGGCGAGGAGGAGGUCGCCUAAAUCACACCAACCUGCCGAGAUAUUGGUCUACUCCAUUUACCGCCCCCCAACCACACACACAUUUCAUCCUUCUCAUCAACAAACCAAUGCUUUCCAGAACAAACAAACUGUUGUUCACAUCCUCAUUAUCCAUCGACAACAGUGCCAAGUUUGAAACAAGUGACAUUUCAAUGAAUUUUAAACAUUUUGUUUGACUUUUGUGUUUCUGAAUGUUCCAAACCAUCAAAUCCCCCUCACAGCCAAGUGAAACUUAAGUGAUUUUUUACUGUGAAGCCUUCAGAUUUGAGAACGAUGUAACAGUUGCCAAUGCCAAUCUGAAUAAAGGCUAAUUCUGUAUCUGAAA